AUGUAUAGGACUCUCAAGCUGAUCUGCUACGUCGUCCAUCUCACCCUUGGACUACUGGAGACCAGCGUCCUGAGGGACUUGCCUACCGCCGAGCGUCGCAACGUCUUAGCUGGCGUUGCCAUAGUCGCGAUGGCUGUGACCAUGAUAAUCCUUCUGUCGCCCCAGAUUGUAUUGCAACACUGCGACAAGGUGCAGAUGAAAAUCCACCUAUCGCUCUCCGAGGCUCAUGAGGAGGGCUGGGCAGGCGAGUCUCCGAAUACCGGAACUGUGCCUAGCAUCAGUGAGAUGCGGACUAUGCGAGUGCUUACAAAACUCGACGCGGAUUUCCUACACAUGCGGGUCGCUAUCCGGCGCUUGCAUACAUACACCAUUCCACGCAUCAUCCUCUCCAUGACCUGGACAGGCGCAGCUCUGCGCCUGUUCUUCAAGUAUCGUGCGAUGCUGCAGGAACUGAAGAUAGUAUUCUUCUGGUAUCGCCUGCGCACUGCCGACAUGCCGGUGGCUAGCACUGUGACUCAUGCAUCGUUGACUGUGGCAGAGACUGUCGCAUCCAUCGCAACCUCAGCCCUAACGGCUUAAACGAGCGGACAGUUAUGACCCAAGCUCACCCUCCCAUACCCCCCCUCCCCCCGUGUUCCCCUUUAUUAGUAGUAGUGUAUUCGAAGAGAUACGGACCGAUUAUCUGACUUUAGGCUGCUGCCCCAAUUCGUCUAAUAUAAACUAAUCACUCUUACGAAGCAUACACGCUCAACGCU